AAGUUGUAUAUUAGUCUCAUCUCACUCCAGCGCAUUAGUACUUAAAAGACAUUACUAGCCAAAUUUUGGUAAAUUUUUACACCUUCUCAAAACCUUCCCAUCCUCGCGUUGUUUAAUCAUAAGAUAUACAAAGCUACCCAGGAUAUUCAAACUCUAGUAUGUUCUUGCCAUAUGAAACUAGUCAUUAUUGUACUGCCACAUUUCAUAUCUUUGUUUUCCUAUCGUAUUUCAAUUGAAAGCAGCCUACAACAUUCACCAUGGGACAAAGGAACUCACUUUACCUUGUUCAUCCUACACCGCUUAGCUACCUUAUAACUCUUGCAAUUGGUCAAUUCAUCUCUUUGAAUACCAAUCAACACCUUCAAGCACAACCUUCUUUGGACAAAAAAAGAAUCAUUAUCGAAUAUUGAUGACAUUCACUGUUCAUGAGAAUCCAAAAAAUGACGGAUUACAAUUUUGACCACUCAGAUAUAACUCAGGUACAGAUUCAACAUCUCAAAAGCAAUCCCCUCGAAGCUUGCCAGCGUGAAAAUGCCUCUCUUCAUAUCAGGCUGGAAACUUUUAACCGCAUGCUCCUUGAAGCUAAAGAGGAGUCGGAAACAAGAUUAAAUCGUAUAAAACAGGUGAGACAUGAAAGAGAUGCGGCUUUCAAUGAGGGAGAAAAUUAUGCGAGGAGGGAGGUUGAAGCGGAGAUGGGGAUUUUGAGAAAAGGGCGGCAUGAUGCGGAGAUGAAGAGUAAGAAAUUGGAGGAGAACGAAGCAAAAACCCAGGAGAUGAUGAAGGAGCUGGAGCUGGAAUUAGAAAAUUUGAGGAUGGGAGCGGGUGCAGUGGAAGGAGUGGAUGUGGGGCUGAUGAAUUCUUUGAGGGAGGAGAGGGAUAGAUAUGAAGAGGAGCUCAAUGAGGCAAAAGAGAUUAUCAUGGGAAAGGAACUUCAUAUACAGCAUUUGAAGGAGGAAACAAGGAGCAUGUCAGUCAAUGCAGUAGAUACCCCUCCUGUGGAGAGUGCGCGGAUACAGGCUCUUACAGAUCAACUCUAUGUAUUGAUGGCGGAGAGAGAUGGUAUAAGACAGCAGCUGGAGAUUGUGACGGAAAACCUCAUGGGUGGUACGCCAACAAAGCUUACGCCUAAAGAAGACAAGCCACAGACUACGUUAGGGAAGGAUAAAGAGCCGGCGAUUAAGAGUUUCAGCCUUAGUACCGACCCAAAAAAUGCCGACUUCCAUGGUACCAGGAAGAGAUUACAUGCACCCUCUCCUCUAAGACAAUCUACCACUCCCGAAUCGGAAGAAGAUGAAAGUGAUGGACAGGGAGAAAACAAAGAAAAUGAAAAAGUUGAUGAAAGACUAAAGCAAAGUAUUGAAACUGAUGAAAAUGAUGCAGUAGUAAUGGGAGAUUACCCAGACGACGGAGAAUUUCUUUCGCAACGACUACUUAUUAAUCAAAUCAAAAAGCUCGAGAAAAGGAAUAUGCGUCUUGAACGCUGUCACGACAAGUCUCACGUAAUUCGUGCAAUCCUCAGCCUUACUCCCGUCCACUUCGAAGCAUUUCGUCAACGCAAAGAGAGUAAGAGGAAGGAAGAUCUGGUAUUGCUUGAUAUCAUGAGUAAGGAAUGCAAUGCUCUAAGGAACCAAAUUCGAAAAUUCGAAAAACAACUGCAGUUAUUGGCUGAUCUUCGACGUAAGAAAAGGGAGGAAGACACGGGAGACGCACAGGACUUUAUACUCAUGCAAGAUCGAUAUGAUGCAAAGGAGGAAGAUACGAAGUCAUAUAGAAUAUUAUACGAAACGGCGGAACAGGCCAUGAAGAAUAUGAUAAAGGCUGGCGCCAAUUUGGAUGCUAAUGAAGUUAUAGAGUUACGUAAGGAGAGAGAUAUUCUUGUGAAACGAAAAGAGGAGUUAGAAGAGGAAAUUGAUGGCCCGUUGGGAUUGAGGGAACAAUUGGCCUUUAGCAUUGCCGAAGAUACAGAAGAUAUUGACAUGGCCACUCAGUUAACACGAGUCAAGGCUGAGCUCGAACUGCGCACAAAGGAGAGAGAUGCAGCUAUUGAAGAGUCAAAAGUGGAAGAAAAUCUCACAUCUAUCAAAGAACUAAUGGAUCAGUUGUCCAAAAAUCUCGAAGCUGAUAUUUACCGGAUUGAGGAGAAAGAUGAACAAGACAAGGAAGUGGCAAAGAGAUAUCGUCAAUGUCAGCGUGAAUUAAGCGACGAGAAAGAAAGAGUCAAAUCUCUCGAGAAGUUUCUAGAGGAUAAGUAUAUGGAAUACGAAGACCUUGCCGGUGAUGUGCAUGAUGAUUCUCUCAGUGCAAGAUUGGCUCGAACAUUGAUCGAACUCUAUCAGACAAAGCGGAAGUUAAUGGAAAGAACAAUACAGAGGAAUAGUCUUAUCAAGAGCGCUGUGGGAUAUUUAGCGGCAGUCUUACGGGAAAAUGAGACGUUGCAGCAGAAAAUAUACAUCCUCCAAAAACAUCCAAACCGCGAUCCUCGACUACCUAUCAGAGACAUCGAUUUGGAAAACGAGGAGACGAUCAUCAAACUUCGAAAGGAGAUUUCUUUCGUUACAACACAGUUCCAUCAGGCGGGAUGUGAGGUCUAUUCUGCGAAGAAGAAGGCAAAGAGAGCGAAAGAAAGAUUAGACCAAUAUAUUGAGAUGUCUGCAUUUGGACGAGAUUCUCAUCCCAGAGUCCAAGCUCUGAGGCAUGAUAGGGAUAGAAGUCCUAUAGACCCCAAUGCCACUGACCCGGAAGUUAUUGAGCACUUGAAAACUCAGCUUAAAGACGCUGAUGAUUUGAUGGAUUUGAUUGUCGCAAGAUACAGCGUUUGGGAGAAUGGAAAAGGAGGGUUGAAUCCUGAAAGCAUGGAGGUAGCGGAGAGGAGACUGGAGGAGUGCAUGGACCUGGUACAUGGACCCUUGGGUCAAAAAGAGGCAUACGAUAAUCUCAAGGCGCUGUUGACUGAGUCGAGGGAGGUGUUGAAGGUUAAAAUGAAUGAGUGGAAUGAGAAAGAUAAGGAGCGUGAUUGGGCAGUUGAGAGCUUGGAAAAAUUGUUGAAGGAGAGUGAGGAAAGGGAAGCAGCGCUCGCUAAGCUUUUAUAUUCUACACAAGAGGAUAUGAAGAGGGAAGGUACACGGGCUGCUAAGGUCGUAGAAAUGGAAGAACAAUUGACCAGGAAUGAACAAAGAAUACGGGAUCUACUUCGGGAAAAGGAUGAGCAUAAAGCCGAAGCUGAUGGAUUAGAGAGCUUUCUCCGGGCUAGCGAGACGCAGAUGACCCAACUCGAAGAACAAAUCAGUAGAGGUGAGGAAAAACUCCGAGAUUUGCAACAGGAGAGUGAUAAUCAAAAAGCUGAAGCUGAGGUACUGGAAGAUCUCCUCAAAGCCAGUGAAAUAAAAAUAGCGGAAUCUUUCAGAACAUUGAGAGACGAGGAGGAGAAGAAGUACCGCGGAGAGAUCGAAAGGUUACAAGAAGUUCUGCUAUUGAAAGAAGAAGAGGAUGAACAGUUCCGUGAAGAGAUUGAGAGACUGCAUGAGCUUCAUACAGCUAGUGAAGGGAAAGUUACUGAGCUUCUUGAUAUGUCAUUAAAAACAUCAAAACGAUUAUCUGAUCUCGAAGCUGAAAUCACAAGAUGGAAAAUUGUUGCCGGGGAAAGCAUAAGAAAAACUGAGGAGCUACAACAAGAGUCAGAGGAUUCGCAGUCAGAGGUUAAAUUGCUUCGUAUAACAAACAAUCAAAAUGAAGAGACCCAAACAGAGGAACCUAUUUUCGCAGGCAUGGAAACACAAACAGAUAUCGAUAAAAUUCCGCAGUCUACAGUCCCAACUUCCACCAGUCCUCCAAUUCCGACAGUGCCGGCACUUAAAUCGAAAAACCCUAAAAAGAAAGCCUUCCAAAAGAAACCCAUCACAAAGGAACCUCGAGACUUGAGAUACCAUCCCAGCAAAGACGCAGGCUCCGAACCAUCAGACGAAGAAUUAGAAACUCCAAAAGCGCCCAAACCACAACUAAAACGAAACAUCUCACUUCAGCAAGAAACUGCUCGUCCGGCUCUAUCCCCUUCCCCAGCUCCUUCUCUAACAAUCAAACUUAAAUCUAAAGCCCAUUCAACCAAAAACAAAGGGAAGAGGGAAGAGAGAGGGCAACAUAAUCCGGCUUAUAAAAAUGAUACGGGGGCGGAGUCUGAAGAUGAAGAGAUACCGCCUGCGGAGGUGGUGCAAGAGUCGCCGGUGGAAGAGAAGAUGGAGGUGGAUGGACCGAGGAGGAGUAGGAGGACGAGGAAUCCGAAUCCUGUUUAUACAGGGGAACUCGUUGUAGAAGGACUAGGCGUGGGACAAAAGAGGAAAGCUGAUGGGCGUGGGAAUAAGGAGAACGGCAAAAAAAGGAAAGCGGUUGAGGGUGGAGCUAUUGGGAAAGAGAAGAGGGGUAAAAAAUAGAAUGGACGAGUAAUUGUGGACGAGGGUGGUUUUAUUUGUUCUUGGAUAUUGAUAUACAUUCGUCUUGGAAAUAUGCAAUCGGAUCAUGUCACUUUUGUUCGUAUGCUGAAGGAUACAUGUACUGAAGUUAUUGGGAUAUGAAUUUGAAAUUUAAGAAUAACACUGAUAUUGGUACCAUAUUAAUGUGCUAUUCAACCUCAAUAAGUCAUACAUCAUGCCUUAACAGUAAUAGAAGGCCUCCAUCUCCAGAUCCAAUUGGUGAUCGUCAGCCCCACUGAGUGCGGCGAGGUACAUAUUAAGCUAUGCUCUUUAAAUACACCGAUCGCCUACGUGAAAGAAAUAUCAAUAAUCUGUACAUAUAUCUUUCCGAAAGCACUCGAUUUUUCGCUAAAGUUUGUUGUGAGACUUCCAUAAGAUGAUUGAUCAAGGAAAAGUAGGAGGGGAAGACCUACCACUGCAAGUUCUGGGGAGAUAUUGACGAAACGCUGAUGAUGGAAGGAAUUCGCGGAUACAUUUAUCGUCUGCACUCAGCUCGUCACGAUCAAGAUAGGGAAGAACAUUUAUUAAAGUCAUGGAUGCA